CCUUGUUUUAAACACGUCAUGAUACUAGGGUUCUCAAUGUGGACUUAUCGGUAGAGGUGCAUAGCGGGGGCGGCGCAGCGUGUUGCUCUGACGAUGCCCGACCGCCGAGGUCUGCGCCACACAUUUGUUUUGUACAUAUCCAAUCCGCCUAUCACCUAUUGAUCACGAGUUGCUACUUUACAAAAAGCCGUAUCAUGGCUGACGAAUCGACCCCAUUGAAGCCGUAUGGUUUCAUCAUCUACCGCGGCGACUACAGCGAUGAAGCUCGUUGGGAACAGUUCAUGGCUUAUUUGAAGCAUCAAACGCGCUGCGGAUUGGAGUCAGAGGGAAAAGACCAUCUGUACGAUCGGAUUGAUUGGAAAGUCAUAUCUUCACCCGACUUACAGGACGAAGAUCCAGAUGUGAUCCGCGAAAAGUUCCAGCAGUGGCUCGAAUCUGGGGAAGAGGAAUUCGACCCAAACAGCUACCGUCAUCGUGCUUGCAUCUACGUCAACGAGUGUUGUCUCGAUUGUCACGAUAACUUCAUCCAAGACAAGUCUCUGGAGAACGACGAUCCAGUCGACUUAGUGGACACUGAAGGUUUCUCGUUUGCAAUUCUUGUCUCGAGGUUUGAGGAAGAAGGGUGGGUAAUGGUGGGGACAUCGUAUCUCAUGCCAAGAGCGGGAGAUACUAUUCUGAUGCAGGGUGAGGGCAGGGGCUGGAAUGAGAUUUAUCGGGAGGAGGGCGAAGUCGCUGUGCGGUUCUGAUUUCAUAUACUUGGACACACAUAUCCACAGUCUCGGCAUGUUCCUGGCUUGACCACUUCAAUCCCGCUCCCUCAGCGCUACCAGAGCUUAGCAGGUCCUGCAACGCAGGCAUCAGAGGUUCACGGA